AUGUCCCCCAACAAAGCACCAAGCGCCGGCACCAAGGCAACCCCCAUAACCCAAGAAUCAGCCGGCCCCGUCAACCCCUCCUCCCUAGCUGCCGAAUCCCACCGUCACGGCGGCGCCUUCUCCGAAAACCCCACCUCCUCCGGCUCCUCCCCCGGCCAGCCAGCCUCCCAAUCCGAGUACGAAUCCUCCCUCUCCGGCACCACCGGCCGCCCCUCUAGCAAUUCCGCCUCCUUGGAAUCAGCCCAAAUGUCCAAAUCGUCCCAGUCGGAGUGCGGACAAAAGGGGAUGCGCUCCAAGUCGACCAAGACGGAGUCGUCAAAGACUGUGAGCAAUCCCGAGGGGCAGGGGGGCAAGGCACCGACUUAUGUCGAGAAUUUGAUUCAUACCGGUGCCGAGAGGGGCGGGAAGCCGCAUGGGAAGAAUCUGACAGAGGGUGGGUUUGAGGGGAGCGGGACGGUGGAGGGCCCGUUGCCUGAGCCCGGGAGUGAGGAUGACCCGGGACGGUCGGCGUUUAGGAAGCUGGCGGGGGCGAGCGCGGCUGGGAGCGGGGUGGCGAAGGGGUGGAAGGAGUCGGAGGGGAGGAAGGGGUUUUCGCAGUUGGGGGGUGAGGAGAGUGCUUAG